AUGACGACCGACGAAAUUCUACCGUAUUUAUCCGUGUCUGCAAUUUGUACGACAAUUGGUCUGUUUCUGUGUGGUAUUCAGAUUUGUUUACGAAUUCGUGAACGUGGUACUACUGAGGGUACCGGAUCGGCGCCAUUUCUUAUCGCAUUCAUUUCCUGUGCAUUCUGGCUACAGUAUGGUGUCCUGAAACACGAUAAUGUAGUAAUUUUUGUAAAUAUUGUUGGAUUUAUGUUACAAGGAUGCUAUCUGUCAUAUUACUUCUUCAUGACGAGGAAUACGGUGAGUAUGUGCAUUUUAACGAAAGCUUAUUUGAGCAUUCUUUUAUUAGAGUGGCAACCAAAUAAUUGCGAUACAAUUUGGAAAAACCUCGCAGUAGGUGUCCCAAAUGCGAAAGCCUGUUUAAACCCAAAAAAAAUCGAAAUUUUG